AUGGAGUACUCAACACAAGGUUAUCGUGCUUUUUGUACCAUACUAAAAUGGAACCCGAGUUGGUCAUCUACCAUAGGAUCUACUACUGUUAUAAGCAUCACCAGUCCCUUGGCUAUUCUGCUGAAUGCAAGUUUGAUUGUUGCCGUCCUGAAGAAAAAGAAGCUUCAGAGCAUCUGUAAUAUCCUAGUGGCCAGUAUGGCAGCUUCCGAUCUUCUCAUUGGCGCAGUGGCCCAACCUCUGUUUCUGAGCGCAGGGUUGUAUCGCUUGCAGGGCGAUUAUGAGAAAAUGUGUACCAUUAUCCUAGCCGGCUUCUUUGCGAUGUACCUACAAAGUGCUUCCAUCUAUCAACUAACUUUCAUAGCCUGGGAGAGGUACAUUGCAAUCGCCAAGGGUUUUAAUUACAAGUUCAUUGUCACUAAAAGCCGUGUUAAGGCCUGUAUUAUAACCAGUUGGGUUUUAACUGCCCUCUCAUUUGUUCCAUCUGCCCUGUAUACAUUAGGUAUUGUUGGCAAAGAGCUCUGGGUCAUCGCUGAUGCAAUCGUAUUUACAAUUCCGCUGUCCAUCUGUUUACUGGCUAUAGUUUACUUCUACGCGGCCAUGUCUUGCUUCCAGGGAAAGGCCAAGAAAACAACCUUCUUAAGUGUCCAGGUCGCAAGAGUUACCUUGGAAAGGAAAAUCACCAAAACCUCAGUCCUUUUAACCCUAUGUCUCUUGGUUUUCUUUUUCCCUACUCUGGUGUUGCUUUUUGUCACAUAUCUAACUCGUUUUAGAGAUAGAGAUGCGUACCUUUGGUGUGUCAUUAUAAUCCAGUUGAAUUCCUGCGCGAGCCCAAUCUUGUACUUCUACAGAAAUCGCCGAUUUAGAAACACUGUUCUACAGAUGCUAAACAUCAAGAAAUCUGAAACAAACGCGAUUGCAUCCAGAGCAGGAAGGAAAGAGAUGCUAGAGAACAACAAAAACGACAAUGAAGCCGCCGCCUUAUCAAACCACUUUGGUCCCCAGCUGCAGAUUCCUAUCAUCGGCAAACAGCACACGGCAAAACCUGACACGCGCGGAGAAUCCAUGACUGGAGAAAUGAAGGGGAUAAAGGAACCAAGGACAGCAUGGAAGCACCCCAAGAAUUUCAUCACGUCCAAGAAGAAAGUCAAUUGUUUUGGCGACGUUGAGGGCCAUUCCCAGACACAUGAAUUGAAGCAAAGAGAGUCCAUGGCAGCGAAGACUGGAACUCAGCGCUUAACCCAGCAGAAUGUCCACUUAUCUCCAAAAGAAAUAACCGGAGAGAAAAAAGUCAGCUCUCUUUAUCAAGACACAAGUGGCCCAGGAACAUCAAAAAGAUGUCAAGAAAUUGUCAGCACAGAUGAGGAAUCUACGCAGAUGAGAUCAGAACUGACGAUUACUUCUGUGUAA